CCCUGGUCGAGUGCUAGUCGGCUCACUAUGCCACAGCAUUGGAAUGGCUGCAUGCAUUCCCAGCUCUAGACGCGGGAGCUCUCCAAUAUUCGCGCAGCACAAGGCGGUCGACGGCUUUCCUCGCUGCAUGCAAUACGAGUCCACGAGGGGUCGUUUUUAAACAGCGCAUGCGGCAACAUCUAGUGCACUGCCGUCAUGGUGAGCUUGCGCGAGUCGACAAACAGGUCGAACAGGAGGCGCUUGAGCUUGUCCGCGUCGACUGGCGUUUGCAGCUGCACCACAUCGAGCCACUGCCGAGCCACAUGCUGUAGCGUAGACAACGAUUCCUCCCUUGCCAUGACGCGUUCGCAGUCGGCAGUCAGCUCGUCCACGGCCCCCUUGAAUGCUCGGACACCAUGGCGGCAUUGUAGUCGUCGAUGGCACCUCCAAAAUCUCGCAUGAAGCUCUUGAGGUCGCCGCGGGCUACCAACGCUACAACAUGCCAUGACGACCCGGCGAUUGUCACGUCAACUGCAUGGUCGCAGGCAAUUUUCGCCGAUGCAGUGUGCCCAGUGGGAAAUUUGUCCCGAACCAGCGCCUUUGUUUGACUUGCGCAUUCGGCCAAGGCUUCUUCAGCCAUAGCAGCGUCGAACUCGGAGUUAGCGUCAGAGGCCAACGACGUGCCAUGUCCUUCAUCUUCCACGCUCAGAAGCUCGAUACUUUCUUCGACGUACACCUCGCCCACUGUGGUGGCGUCUUCGUUCGCAGAUCUCUCGCCGCCGCCUCGGUCUGUCAUCGCGAAGCUGUCCAGUUCGCCGAAUUGUUCAGAGUAUACACCCGACGUCUCAAUGGAGACUUCGAUAGGUCCUGUGAAAGCAGGGGGUUCCAAUUCGCGGGCCGUGGUAUUGCCCGAGGCAAGCGUCGCAAGCCCUUCGUCCAUCUCCGCCCCCGAGAUGUCUGUCUGCCAUUCAAUGGGUUCUUGGUCGUGCUCAACUUCUUCGUCCGCGGAGUUAGGUAAGUUGUUUUCGGCAACAACUGCGGGAUGGUCGGAUGUGUCGACAAUAGCCGUCGACUCCAUCUCGGUGGAUGUAGUGCCUUCAACUGCUUCGCUGCCAACCAUGUCUCGCGCAGCUACCACAUCCUCCAUCCGACCUUGCUGUCCAUAAUGCCCGUCCGCCGCGCUGUCGUCGGUCGUUGCAAUAAUCUCCAAACGUCCGCUUCGAUCGCCUUCGUCCUCCUGUUCAGGGACAGCGAGCUCGCCCUCCACAUCAGAGGAGCUCUUUCGCUCCGCUGCGACUGUUUCGUCGCCCUCAUUCGAUAGCGCGGCAAGAACGGCAUCGUUUUUGGGCUCGCUGCCAGGAUGCACAAUCGUGGGAUAGAGACCGGCAACGUUGUCGUCGGAUUUGUGCAUGUGCUCAGGUUGAAGGACGGUCGCCGAGUCGACUUCUGCAAGGUUCGCUUCCGGUGGCUCUGUCGCCUUCUCUGCGCCCUCAUGCCCAUCGUCUGACCUUUCUUGGGGUGCUCUGGGUAUGGUGGAAGCAUCGGCGCUGUCCUCCUCGUAUGCAGUGUCGUUGUCGGCAAGCUGUGACUUGCCGGCGUUGGGAUGUUCGUGGUCGGUUGCAUGAUUUGGUACAACUGGAAUUGCCGACUUACCACGCCACCACUCGACACGGAAUGGCGCGGUCAUGCGGUCCACGUCGUAGUUGUUCCAAAUCGCCCACCAUUGGCCGAUAUACGCAACAACGGCCAGGACGACAAAGAUUUGUUGCACUCGCCGCCACCUUCUUUCGCGGUGGAGCUUGGCGCUGACUUCUGGCCGCGCUUCCGAGUCGAUGCGGCAGCCAUACUUGCGCUGCCACUCUGCGUUCGUGCGUUCGUACUGCAGCGUCCAUUGCUGUUUCUCCUUUGCAUUGGACCACAAACGCAAGUCGAUUUCUUCAUCAGGCACAAGGGAUGCAUCUUCUUCAGCGUCAACGUCGUCGUCGUCGCUGUUGUCUGCGUCCGACGCAUCGGAUAAUGUGUAGUCGCUGUCACUCUCGCCUUCGUGAAACGUCAUGGCAUUGAAUGGAGAUUCCUCCGAGUCCGACAAGUCGUCUGCUUCGUCUUCCAUGCCAUGUGGCUUCUGUGGAUUGGUGUCAUGACCGUCAGAGUCGACGGGCCAGGUGAAUGUCGACGGCGGCGUCGCCAUCUUCUGCCGCCACGUGACCGGGAGAUGUUUGAAUUUUCGUCGUGUGUGGUGGCCGUAAUUUUAAUCCGUU